AUGUUUUUAGGACUGAUUAUGGAACCGAACAAGCGGUAUGCUCAAGUGGUGGAGAAACCCUUCCACAUAUCGCAGGCCGCUAUCGACAUUUCCACCGGUGACAACGACCCCUGCCAAGUUAUGGUGGUGGUAGAUGGCAAAAACUUCCUGGUGUGCACACUCCAGAAGACCAAAAGUGUGCAGGUGCCACUUGACUUGUACUUCAAGAGUGGGGACUCAAUAGCUUUUUUGACCAAUGGUAAAUGCAACGUUCAUUUAACUGGAUAUCUCGACCCUGAGUACGAGGAGUUGUCGGAGGAUGAUGCAGAAGAAGAGGAGGAGGAGGAGCCCGCGCCUGUGGCCCCUGCCAAGUCCAAGAGGAAGCUGGAGAAUAGCAACGAUGCUUCGGCAAAUAAGAAAGCCAAGAAAGACAAAAAAGCAAAAGCAGCUGCAGACAGUUCCGACGACGACGAUGAUGAUGAAGAGGACCAACUCCAAAAGUUUCUGGACGGUGAAGACAUUGACACAGAUGAGAAUGAUGAGUCAUUCAAGAUGAACACAUCUGGUGAAGCAAGUGAUAGCGAUGAAGAAGAAUCGGAUGAGGAAGAUGAGGAGGCCGAGGACGAGGAAGAAGACGACGAUAAGUCGUCCGACGAGGCGGAGAGCACGCUCGACACCAGCAAGGAAGAAAAGGUGGACAUGUCCAAGCUCAGCAAGUCGCAGCGCCGCCGCCUCAAGAAGAAGCUGCAGCAGCAGGGCAAGGAGCAGCCACAGGUCAACGGCGUAGACAAAGCUAAGAAGGAAAAACCAGAAGAAAAGCAAAAGGCUGAGAAGAAGAAGCCAGAUGCCAAGAAAGACAGCCAAGAUGCUGGUGACAAGAAAGAAAAGAAGACCCUCAGUGGUGGAGUUUUCAUUGAAGACACCAAGGUUGGCACUGGAGCCCCUGCUAAACCAGGCAAAGUGGUUAUGGUGUACUACGAAGGUCGUCUGAAACAGAACAACAAAAUGUUUGACAACUGCAUUAAGGGGCCUGGCUUCAAGUUCAAGCUGGGAGCUAAGGAAGUCAUCACAGGGUGGGACGUAGGCAUCGCUGGCAUGAAAGUCGGAGGCAAGAGGAAGAUCGUCUGCCCACCUGCAAUGGCGUAUGGAGCCAAAGGAUCCCCUCCAGUGAUUCCACCAAACUCAACAUUAGUAUUUGAUGUAGAAUUGAAAAAUGUAAAGUGAAGUGUUCUAUAGUCAUCAAAAAUAGAGUAUGCCAGUGACGAUGAAUGUGAAAUUGUGAAAAGUUGUUAUUUGGUUAAAUUGUUGAAUGGUUGCCAUCUUGUUGGAUUGAUGCAGGUACACGCCGGAAGUUUUGAGCCAACAUGUCGCAUCUGCAACCAUUUCAUUUUAUACAAAUUUACAUUAUUUUGCGUUAAUAAGAGUCUAUAAGUUGGUUACUAAUUUUACUCGUUUUUUAAUUGGUAAUAUCACAUUUAUAGUUGCAGAUGCGGCCAUAUUCGCUAUUAACAUAAGCUCUGUAAAAAUAAGUUAGUAUGUAAGAAUUGAACUGGACUUUUUACUAAGAAUGAUUUUCCUCAAUUUGCUGGUCCAUAGAUAGUUUGAAUAUUUUAUGUAUUAUGCAGCUUUUUAAGUUCUGUUCUAUUAAUAUUUUAAGUUGACACUAACAAUAAAAAUUAAGCACACAAAACAGUAUUUUGUGUUACAUUUCAUUAACUUCUAAUAUUGUUUCUAGAUGAUGUGACAUAUUUUUACUGUCUGACACUGCAUCAGCUCGUAUAAUCAAAUAAAUUCAUAGCCAUUAAGUACCUACUUUAA